AUGACGGGGCGCCCGGCGCUGCUUCUGCUGCUGCUGCUGCUGGCGGGGACCCCGCGCAGCGCCCGCUGCUGCCCCGGGACCCCCGAACCGGCCCCGGUCACCGCCGCCGUCCCCCCGGGGUCGCCCCCCGCCGCCGCCGCCGCCGCCCUGGGCGCGCUGCUCCGGUCCCUGCAACGCCCCGGCCGCUCCCCCGGGACUCUCCUUCAGCCCCAGAGGUCGGGGUGGGGGCCGCAGGGGGGGGCGCAGGCCCGGCUCAGCCCCCGGAGCUGGGACCCCCCGCUCGCCCCGUUCUGGACGAUGGCGACCCCGCAGCGCUUCGGUCGCCGCCGCUGAGCGUCCCCGGCCCGAGUCCGUCUGUCCGUC